AUGAAACAAUCAAUCAAGACAAUGGUGCUGAAUUGUGCUUAUCUGAUUCUUAUGCUGCAAUGCUGGUAUUUUGUUACCCCCACCUCAGCCAUGGUCCCUGAUCUAGGAGAAGCGUGGUAUUUGAAAGAUGUAGACACACCCACAGAAGGAUUUGAUGCGCUUGGGCUAAUGAACCAGAUGUUAAAAUCAGAAGUGGAAACUUGGCCUGAAUACAUCCAGGAGAUAUUAAAGACCCAGCCAUCAUUCAGAAUCAAGAAUUUUUGGGGAUUUAUUUCAGAACUUUCAGAUUUUAUGACAACACCAAUUCUUCAGAAGACUCUCUUUGAAUUGGAUGAAGAGGAGCAAUUGAUUGAAAACCGGGAUCGGCGGGUAUAUAAACCAGUCAGAAAGAUACUCUCACGUGUAUUAGUCACAUAUGAAAAUAAAAUGCAGGAGCAUAUUGGCUUACUUGAAUAUGAAAAGCAUGUUAAGCUCAUUAUACCAAGUGUUUAUCUUCAGAAUAGUAAGCCUAAAGAGGUCAUAGAUAUCUUCACAGGAGAAGAACAAGAGAAGCUGAGGCAAUACAGGAUCCUCCUGGAGAAACAGUGGUCUGCAGAUGAUCAAGUACAUCUGUAUAAAGUGUGGGGUUCACACAUGAGGACUUAUAUGAAUGUACAAGGUGAUGUCAAGGGAAUUCUUGAGUCCCAGGCAAUUCAGGUCAGAUGGUUGCAACAAGGCACAUUCAAUGCCUGGAAUAAGAUGAAUGCAGUUUUUCAGAAUUCAUUGGAUCCAAAUUGCCAAGCCCUUACAAAAGGAAUUGUAGAAUCUGUUGAGUCAUUGGAUAAAGAAUCAUUUGAACACCUUCACUAUUGUCAAAAACAAGAUUAUUAUGGGAUUUUUGAUCCUUCUUUCGAUAAGACAUUUUUGGAAGAUAAAAAAGUUUUCAUUUUCUGGGUCAAAUAUGAUGAAGAUUUCAAAAAUAUCAUAGAAGUUGGGAUGGUUGAGCUGAGCCAGGAUCCUGUUGCUUAA